AACCUAGAAGUGUACGUUAAUUAAUCGUCCUUCCCUACGGCAUCUGGUCAAAAAUACUACACGUAAGACCCAGCGAAGCCAUGAUGUAAUUACAAUACAUAAUAAGAAUUUCGUAUAACUUAGAAAAUAAUAAUGGAUCACCCAAGUCAACCAAAAUCAACACCCAAAUGUCAAAUUAUUUACCUAUUUUGUCAUGAAACUAAGUUUAAAUCAAAUUCUAUUCAGACGCUAAUUUUUUCAAAAACGUUAUUACAUAUAUAUGGGUUCGACCAUUUUAUUUUAGUAUAAAUUAAUAAUAGCAGAUUCGUAAAUGCCCAACAACCUAACCUUCCUUGGUCAUAAACGCCGGCCCUAAACGGAAAUGAGGAAGAAAGGAACGUGUAUUGUACACUACUGCCAAAUAGAAGCGAAGAUAGAAAGAUACUCUUUAAGGCUUUAUGCCUUUAAUCCUUAAAUUCUAUAGCCGGUUGUUACCUUAAAACCUUGUCAAACAUACCUGUCUCUUCUCUGCUUCACCCACGCUCAACAUCAUGUCUACUUGUUCUUCCUCAGCCAGACCUUUGAAAAUUGGCAUAAUUGGGUUCGGCAAUUUCGGGCAGUUCCUGUCAAAAACCAUGAUAAAACAGGGUCAUUCCUUGAGAGCAACCUCAAGAUCAGAUCAUUCUGAAGUUUGCAAAGAACUUGGCAUUCCAUUUUACAGGGAUAUGGGUGCAUUUCUUGAAUCAGAGAAUGAAGUUGUAUUGAUAUGCACAUCAAUCCUGUCUCUAUCAGAAGUAGUGAAGCCAAUGCCAUUCGAUUCCGUGAAACGGCCUACGCUCUUUGUAGAUGUCCUCUCAGUAAAAGAAUACCCCAGAGACCUUCUUCUGCAGGUACUUCCUGAGAACAUGGACUUGCUUUGUACUCACCCUAUGUUCGGCCCAGAAAGUGGGAAACAUGGUUGGCAAGAUCUAAGUUUUAUGUAUGACAGAGUUCGAAUAAGAGAUGAAGGUCUAUGCUCCAGUUUCAUACAUAUCUUUUCUAGUGAGGGUUGCAGGAUGCUGGAAAUGACUUGUGAGGAGCAUGAUAAAUUGGCUGCUCGCAGUCAAUUUCUAACUCACACAAUUGGGAGGAUCCUAUCAGAAAUGGAUGUUGAGCCAACACCCCUGGACACAAAGGGAUUUCAGAAGCUCGUUGAGGUGAAGGAGAGCACUGUAAAAGACAGCUUUGAUCUGUUUAGCGGGCUAUUCAUUCAUAACAGGUUUGCCAGGCAGCAGGUGCAGAGUUUAGAAGAAGCCCUUGAGAAGACUAAACAGAAGUUGCAAGAGAGGAUGGAGAGCAGCACAUGAGCAUUUCUUAACUGUGUUAAAGAAUGUAUAGUCAUGAAAAUUGACUUUUCUUUUUAUGUUUUCCUUUUCAAGUUUAGUGUCAUUGAAAUGCCACCAUAUGGGCAAAGGCCACUAUGUGACCCCAUAUUACUAUUUCCUUUAUUAAAGUUUGAUUCUUUUAGCCCUCUUCUGACAAGCCAUUGAUCAGGAGAAUGACAUCCAUAUACUCUGGUUAGCUGAUAGUGCAGCUUAUUAUGCUCACAAAAUUGACAUUUCAGUGCAGCUUUUUGUUCUGCUCAA